GACAGCGAAUUAGUGUACACAAAAUGUGAUUUGUCUGACUAAUUAAUGCGGGAAAAAACCAGGAAGGAUUCUGUGAAAAAAAGUAGAACGCGUAAUUUGACUGAGAAUUGACAAACAAACGAGUUUGGUAUCACAAAAACGAUAGUCCAACAACCUUCUUCUUCUUCUUCAUUCUCACUUCUCUUCAUUCUUCUUCUUCUUCUUCCCGCCUAAAACCCAAUUCUGUUAAAACUUUCCCAUGACGACGUCGUUUUUGAACGGCGAAAGAAUCGUUGUUCUAUUCUUCAUCUCAACAAUCCUCUACUCUCUCCCUUUCUCUCUCCUCUCCCACGGCGUUUCCCUCUCUCUCCUCGCCCUCGCUUCCUUCUUCCUCGAGAUCUCCGUCGAUUCUUCAACUUCUCCUUUCCCUCUCCGCACCAGACCUGGUGCUUCCUCUGGAAUUCUACUCGGUGCAAUCACUCUUCCUUCUCUAAUUCUCUCCAAAUUGAUUCAAUCAUCACGUGGAUUCUCGCUUCAACAACUUCAACCUCAAGAGAUUGAAUAUCUGACAUUGCAAUACUGGGCAACAUCUGCCAGCGUCUUCACUGUGCUUUUAUUCCUUGCAUUCACUCUAAGGCAUUCUCAUUGGGGUGUAAAGUUUAGCUUGUCUUUCGUUUUCUUACAAGCUGUGCUCUGUGUUGCCGCGCUUUUGACUACAUCUCAAAUUGGCUUGCACCCUGCACUGAAGCUUUCAUGGGUCUUUUUUCAUGGAUUGGCAUCCGUCAAGCUAAUUCAACAUUUCAUGAGGACUUUUCCAUCUUGUGCUUCCAUUGGGGAAGCAUUUUUGGUGACUGCUGGUAUCGUUCUCUAUUUUGGUGAUAUGCUGUUGCUUACAGUUAAAAAGCUAUGUGGACUCUUGGUGUCAUCAGAGUUGGUUACUGCCGAUGAAAUAAAACGAAGUGAGAUAAACAUUAUAAUUCAGGGGCUUGUGCUUGGUCUUCUGCUAUAUCCAGUAGCUUUGAAGUAUAUUCUCCAAAUAUGGGAGUGGUUUAUAAAUACAACUUAUUCUAAACAAAGAAGAUAUUAUGAGAUUGGGAGAUCCCUAAUAUUUAUUGCUUCCCUUGGAUUUGCACUCAUUGUUAUUGUACCAUUAUGGAUGCAGUUCGUACAGGAGUUUGAUAGGCAUCCUUUUCUCUGGGUGCUUUCCUUUGUUUUCUCAGAGCCAUUCCAAAGGCUGUUGUUAUGUAUGUGGUGGAUGUGUAUAAUUUCUGUUUCAGUUUUGCGAUUCUAUAACAUAUCUAAGAACAGUAAGAUUGAGAGGAUUCUUUUGCGGAAAUACUACCAUGUGAUAGCUGUUUUGAUGUUUUUACCUGCCCUUAUGUUUCAGCCAAAAUUUCUCGAUCUAGCUUUUGGCGCAGCAUUGGCAGUUUUCUUAAUAUUAGAAAUUAUUCGAGUAUGGAGAAUCUGGCCCUUCGGACAACAAAUAAAUCAAUUUAUGAAUGCAUUCACUGACCACCGUGACUCUGAUCUUCUCAUUGUCAGCCACUUCUCACUCUUGCUUGGAUGUGCUCUCCCUAGUUGGAUGUCUUCUGGGUACAAUGAUCGACCUCUUGCUCCUUUUGCGGGAAUUUUGAGCCUAGGAAUUGGAGAUACAAUGGCAUCAAUGGUUGGGCACAAGUAUGGUGUUUUGCGGUGGAGUAAAACUGGCAAGAAAACAAUUGAAGGCACUGCAGCCGGUAUAACAUCUGUGCUAGCUGCUUGCUCUUUACUCCUUCCACUCUUAGCAUCAACUGGAUACAUUUCCACUCAGCAUUGGUUCUCUCUAUUUCUAGCCGUGACUGUAAGUGGUUUGUUGGAGGCCUACACAGCACAACUUGACAACGCAUUUAUACCGCUUUUUUUCUACAGUCUUCUCUGUUUGUAGGCACAGCUCUCUCACAAGAUCAAGUUGCCUUGAAGAGCAAUAACUGAUUUUUGCAAACAUGCUUCUUGGCUUGACUGUGUUUUGGCAGAAGAGGUCAGAUAAUUAUUAACCAGUUAAACAAUACAUGACAGUUAGGUUUGGUGUACAUAGUUAGGAAUUAGGAUUGUAUCUUUAUACAGAAAUGAUAGGUGUACAAGUGUUUUGAUGUUUUCAUAUAAAAGGUUGGUUGUUAUCCAACAAAUAGCAUACAGUAUGUAGGAGUGACAAUUUUCACUGUUUAUGAGAGAGGAGAUCUGUUGAACAAUAGUGCACUUGUUCUAAAGGAAUUUUCAAUGUGUUCAAUUUUCACACGUGUAGUACUUUUCAUUUUCUUAAUGUCAUGUUGUACAUCAGCAAGUACAAAUAUUUUUAAAUUACGUGAGUAAUACUAUUCAUUUAUAGCACUUGUUCUAAAGGAA